AUGAACGCAGCAGCAGCAGCAGCUCCCGGAGGCUCCAAGGCCGCUCCCCCCAAGUUCAAGCAGAAGGAGACCAGGCAGUUCAAGAGCAAGGCUCCUAAAGCUGGACAGAAGGGAGUCGAUGAUGUUCCCGGGAUGGACGGCCUUGGAGAUAAUCUGGUCGUCUGCCCCUGGGAGGAGUUCGGCGACAUGGAGUUGAGCGACCUGGCCCAGUUUGGCAUCGUCUAGACCGACUGGCUGC